UUUCUUAGUGUGCACACGUCUCUGCGUGCCGGGGUCAUGCCGCUCUGACAAGACAGCUGCAGUUCCAAUAUGUUUUGGUUGGCCCCAUUUUCUUUACAAAUCCUUCCUUUGGUUGACAUUUAGGAUUGCAGUUAGUGGUGUGCCUUUAAGAAGUAGGCAAGUUCCUGUAGGAGGAGUUCUACUAGAUGCAGUUUGAAAAGUGUCCAAAGUUGUUUGUGGAGAGGUUUUACAAGCAUGUAGCAGUCCAGAGCGACCAUGUCCCAGUUCCAACACUCCAGGGUGGAUUGUAUCCUGACUUAUUUGGGUCUGGUCUUCCUGUUGUCGGACAUUUGCUUGGACUUGGGAACUGCCGUGACUUUCUACCAGGAAGAGGAUUACGUGUGCCUGGGAGUGCUGCUUUUUUUGCUCCUGGGCUCGUCCGUGCUGGUUCAGAUCUUCAGCUGGCUGUGGUACACCAACGAGCCCCUGGAGAGGGCCACUCUGGUGGAGAGUCGGAUCAGUCGCUCGCAACUCAAGAUCCUGCACGUGUUCCAGCUGGGGACGUACUUCAGACAUGCAAGUGUCAUGGAGGUGACCGCCUGCAGCUGCAUCAACAACAUCCAGGAGGCUGACGGACACGCGGUGUUCUUAACUCACGACCUCAGCAUGCUGCGUCUCAUCGAGACCUUCUCAGAGAGCGCCCCCCAACUGACCCUCAUGCUCACCAUCAUGCUGAGGCGGGAUCAGCUGGUCCCCCUCACAGUGACGAAGGCGCUGGGCUCUGCGUCCGCCAUGGCCCUGAGCGUGACCAUGUACCACCGCUCCAUGCGCUCCUUCCUGUGCGACAAACAGAAGCAGCGCCCGCUCUCCUCGCUGGCCUACUUCCUCUGGACCGUGGUCCUCAUCUCCUCGCGGCUGGCCGCCCUCGCCCUCUUCGCUUCCACCCUCCCCUGCUUCAUCUUCGCCCACUUCCUGUGCUCCUGGCUGCUCAUGUUCUUCUGCGCCUGGCGCUGCCAGACGGAUUUCAUGGACAGCCCGGGCGGGGAGUGGCUCUACCGGGCCACCGUGGGCCUCAUCUGGUACUUUAACUGGUUCAAUGUGGUGGAAGGGAGGACAAGGAACAGGACUCUGCUCUACCACGGCUUCAUCCUGGUAGACAUGUUCGUCCUGUGCGGCACCUGGUGCUGGAGGGCCCGAGCACAAAUGUCCUUCCUGCACGCGGGCCUGGUUUCUGUCGGCGUUGUUGCACUUUAUAUACUCGGCCUCGUCCUCAAAGUCCUCUAUUACAAGUUCUUCCACCCCAACCUCAACAAGGAGGAACUGAAAGGAGGCGACAAAGAGGUGGACCUGGAUGGCGAUGUCGUUUUAGUCAUGCAACCUAGCGCGGUGGAAAGCGAUGUCGUUGUAGUCGUGCAACGUAGCGCGGUGGAAGACGUGAUUGAUGGCAGGACGCCGCAUGUCCAACUUUACAACAAAAGAAUGAGGAAGCUGGCGGAGAAUUUCUACUGCUGACAAGAUCACUUGAUGCGCACGCGGAGGACGAGUCGCGUAUGUUGUGACCAUGACAGGAAACACCUAAUACUGCUCCCCUCACCUCCCAGGGGGGGGGGGGUCAAGGGUGACGGCUCAAAUGCAGAGAAUCAUUUCGCCACAUCUAGUAUGCGUGUGACAAUCAUUGGUACUUUAACUUUGUACUUUUAAACCCUGUUUCCAUAUGAGUUGGGAAAUUGUGUUAGAAGUAAAUAUAAACGGAAUACAAAGAUUUUCAAAUCCUUUUCAACCCAUAUUCAGUUGAAUAUGCUACAAAGACAAGAUAUUAUAAGUUCAAACUUUAUUUUUUUUUUGCAAAUAAUAAUUAGCUUAAAAUUUCAUGGCUGCAACAUGUGCCAAAGUAGUUGGGAAAGGGCAUGUUCACCACUGUGUUACAUCACCUUUUCUUUUAACAACACUCAAUAAACGUUUGGGAACUGAGGAAACUAAUUGUUGAAGCUUUGAAAGUGGAAUUCUUUCCCAUUCUUGUUUUAUGUAGAGCUUCAGUCCUUCAACAGUCCGGGGUCUCCGCUGUCCUAUUUUACGCUUCAUAAUGCGCCACACAUUUUCCAUGGGGGACAGGUCUGGACUGUAGGCGGGCCAGGAAACUACCAACACUCUUUUUUUUUCCAACACAUGCUAUGUGGCUUGGAAUUGUCUUGUUGAAAUAAGCAGGGGCGUCCAUGAAAAAGAUAGCGCUUAGAUGGCAGCAUAUGUUGUUCCAAAAAAUGUAUGUACCUUUCAGCAUUAAUGGUGCCUUCACAGAUGUGUAAGUUACCCAUGCCUUGGGCACUAAUGCACCCCCAUACCAUCACAGAUGCUGGCUUUUGCACUUUGCAUAGAUAACAGUCUGGAUGGUUUGCUUCCCCCUUUGGUCAGGAUGACACAAUGUCGAGUAUUUCCCCAAAAAAUUUGAAAUGUGGACUGGUCAGACCACAAAACCAUUUUCCACCUCGCAGCAGUCCAUCUUAGAUGAUCUCGGGCCCAGGGAAGCCGGCGGCGUUUCUGGAUGUUGUUGAUAAAUGGCUUUUGCUUUGCAUAGUAGAGCUUUAACUUGCACUUACAGAUGUAGCGACCAACUGUACUUAGUGACAGUGGUUUUCUGAGGUGUUCCCAAGCCCAUGUGGUGAUAUCCUUUAGAGAUUGAUUGAUACUUUUAUUAGUAGAUUGCACAGUACAGUACAUAUUCCGUACAAUUGACCACUAAAUGGUAACACCCGAAUAAGUUUUUCAACUUGUUUAAGUCGGGGUCCACGUUAAUCAAUUCAUGAUGUCGGUUUUUGAUACAGUGCCGUCUGAGGGAUGGAAGGUCACGGUCAUUCAAUGUUGGUUUCCGGCCAUGCCGCUUACGUGGAGUGAUUUCUCCAGAUUCUCUGAACAUUUUGAUGAUAUUAUGGAGCGUAGAUGUUAAAAUCCUUAAAUUUCUUGCAAUUGCACUUUGAGAAAGGUUGUUCUUAAACUGUUUGACUAUUUGCUCACACAGUUGUGGACAAAGGGGUGUACCUCGCCCCAUCCUUUCUUGUGAAAGACUGAGCAUUUUUUGGGAAGCUGUUUUUAUAGCCAAUCAUGGCACCCACCUGUUCCCAAUUAGCCUGCACACCUGUGGGAUGUUCCAAAUAAGCGUUUGAUGAGCAUUCCUCAACUUUAUCAGUAUUUAUUGCCACCUUUCCCAACUUCUUUGUCACGUGUUGCUGGCAUCAAACUCUAAAGUUAAUGAUUAUUUGCAACAACAAAAAAAGUUUGUGAGUUUGAACAUGAAAUAUGUUGUCUUUGUAGCAUAUUCAACUGAAUAUGGCUUGAAAAGGAUUUGCAAAUCAUUGUAUUCUGUUUAUAUUUACAUCUAACACAAUUUCCCAAUUUAUAUGGAAACGGGGUUUGUAAGUGUGUCCUCUUAGGAGCCAGAGUGGACAUUUAUUUUUAGGUCUAUUGGUUUUGUCAGUUGCACACUUUGGGAAAAACAUAGCAAAACACAAAUGUCCACUCCAGUGGACGCUGGCUUUCAGGACGAUAUUCCACAAACAGUAUGGAGUCAUUCAUAAAAAGACACAAUUACAACACAAAUAUCGCAUGUUUACAUGAUCACACAUACCGUAUCGCAGCACCGUAGUAGUUGUCCUCCAUAAUUAACACGCCAACCGCCCACAUUAGAUAUCGUGAGCAUAGUCCACGCCGCACUUAUCUCUCCAGGGAAUAAACUAGUGCAACGCUGUAAUAUGACCUGGAAAAAAACAACUUGUCAUACGCCACAAUAUUAGGAAUCCAUGCACAAGCAAGAAAACUACCAAAAAAAAGGACUUGAGCAGUUUCAGUAAGAACUAUAUGAACUAUAUCUUGUUGUGCAGGUCUACAUAAUACUUGAAUUGUCUUGUUCUGGAGGGCUUGAUUGAACCCUCCACCAUUCCUGGGUCAUGAGAAUAAAUUGUAAUUUAUUAGUAUAUUCAUCAACUGUAUUUUAUUAUUAACACUUUAUUGUAUUCGUCAAGAUGAACUAAUUAGAAGUCGAAUAAAUAUUGUGUGUUAUGUUUCUAAUGUAUUGUAGGUUUAAUGAAAAUAUAUAUUCAAAACAAACCUUUAUGCUUGCAGUUCUUGUUAUCGAAAUAAAAUGCUUUGUACAAAAACUCAAAA